AUGACGUUUACAGUGGGAGUGCUUGCCUUGCAGGGUGCAUUCAUUGAGCACAUAAACCUCUUGAAGAAGGCAACCACACAGGCUCCAUCGCAAUGGGAAUUUAUCGAGGUACGAACGUCUCAAGUACUUGACAGGUGCGAUGCACUCGUUUUGCCGGGUGGAGAAAGCACCACGAUGUCUCUGGUGGCAGCAAGGUCCAAUAUGUUGGAACCUUUGAGAGAUUUCGUCAAGGUGCACCGUAAACCGGUUUGGGGCACCUGUGCCGGGUUGAUAUUGUUGGCCGAGUCAGCCAAUCGAACUAAAAAAGGUGGCCAGGAGCUCAUAGGUGGUCUUGAUGUUCGAGUCAACCGGAAUCACUUUGGCCGUCAAACAGAGAGUUUCCAAGCCCCGUUACAACUGCCGUUCCUGGGCGAAGGUGCCACACCGUUCCCCGCGGUGUUUAUUAGAGCGCCAAUUGUGGAGUGUAUCCUGCCGCACCAGGAUGGUGUCCAGACAGGAGAAGACAAACGGGAGAACACGGUGGUGGCCCCCUCUAGGAAAGCCAAGGACGCAGCGGCGGAAGCUGCCACAGCUGAUCAGGUCGAGGUGCUAGCCACUUUAUCAAGGCCAGCUUCACAUAUUGCCACACAGGGACGAGACUCCAGUCCGGACCAAGAAGUGGGUGACGUUGUGGCAGUCCGACAGGGAAAUGUAUUCGGUACCAGCUUCCAUCCGGAGUUGACAGGAGAUGCGAGAAUUCACUCCUGGUGGCUGCUGCAAGUGGAGGCAGCUGUUAAUAAAAGAAAUAAACUGGGGCAUCAUAUCGCAUCAGAAGACAGUUGA